AUGGCUCCUAUCCAGUCAUUCGCGAAAGCAAAGCUACCAGGUUAUCCGGCUUCCGAAGCCUUACUACUAGCCUUCGAAGGAUGCCAUGUAUCCGCUGUUGUUAUUGAUGCAAAGGACCGUGCGCUCAGUACCAUAUCUUGGCACAGCUUCCUGUCGGAGUUCAAGCGCGACGGUUUUACUCAUCAUUUCCAUGAACCCAUUGUUAGGAUCCUGGCAAACAGGUGUGGCGCCGUUAUCAUCUAUGACAGAAUUCUUGGUAUUUUCCCAUUCGAUAGCGAACUCAUCAACAGUUUCUCGAUUCCUCUUUCUGAUAUAGACCAUCGCCUCGAAAAUGUUGUCGACAUAAUUUUCCUCGAUGGGUACUACGAACCGACCCUUCUGUUUCUUUACGAACCACAUCAGACAACAGCUGGACGAGCAUCCGUUCGUUAUGACACCAUGCAUUUGUUGGGUGUGUCGGUCAACGUAUUCGAUGAACAAGUCGCUAUUGUCUGGCAAGUUGGCAGUCUUCCCAUGGAUUUGAUUUAUUUGAACCAAUCCGUUCCUCCAUGUGGAAUAAGUCUCAACAGCUGUUAUGACAACUUUACGAAGUUUCCUUUGAAGGACUUAAAGCAUAUGUCGAUGACGUUGGACGCUGGUCCUGCUGAAUGGAUUGGAAAUAAUCGAGUAGCAUUGGGAACUAUGGAUGGGAGACUGUUUAUCUUGACUUUGGUGACGGAUUCUUCUGAAACUGUCAGAUCGAUGACUCUAGAACACGUUUUCGACACGUCGAUUGCUUACUGUAUGACCUUAUGCGCCCCAGGACGUCUUUUUAUUGGCUCAAGACUUGGAGAUUCACAACUUCUGGGGUUUUCUGUAGAGAAGGAGGAAGCAGCAGAAGACCCAUCUCAAGAGGCCAAGAAGCCCAAGGUUGAUUUGACUAUAAAACCGGAUGACGAUGACAUAGAACUGUAUGGAGAGCAAAUCAUUGAACAAGUGGCAGCGCUGGCAUCAGAAUACAAAGAAAAGAUAGUCUUCCGGGAGUUGGAUAAAUUAACCAAUAUAGGACCGAUCAAGGCGAUGACUGCAGGCGGAGCUCAUGGACUGGGCCCUAUUCUUCAGGAACAGGAGCGAACCGAUCCUGUAUUUGACGUCAUAACGGCAUCGGGAAAUAUGGUCAACGGAUCGAUUUGUGUCCUUCAGAGAACUGUGCGGCCGGAUGUGAUCACGAGCAGUUUUUUACAAGAUGCGCAACAACUUUGGGCUGUUGGUCGACGAGAGGACGAUUCACACAAGUAUCUUAUUGUAUCGCGAACGCGCUCGUCACUCAUUCUCGAAUUGGGAGAGGACAUGGUUGAACUGGAAGAGCCGUUGUUUCUUUCUGAUGAACCUACGGUAACCUCUUUACGGGUGGCUUUGGUAGCAGAGGAACAACAGCUGCAACAAAUAGAUCUUGAUUCGAAUUUCCCUGUAGUAGCGGCCUCGAUUGUCGACCCUUAUGUUGCCCUCCUCACUCAGAAUGGUCGUCUUAUGCUUUACCAACUUGUGCUGAUUCCCCAUGUGCAUCUCAAGGAAAUCGACCUAACAAGUAGUGCGUUCGCCGAGAAGACCGUUCAUCACCGAGCUCCCCUUACAGCACUGUCGAUAUAUCGAGAUAUGAGCGGUUUGAUGAUCUUUUCAGAUGGCGCUGACGACUUUUACGAAAGAAGAUUUACUAAGCCAAAGAAGAAGGCAGUGUCUCGUCGAGGCACAGGAGAUUCUAUCGAUAUUGAUCUGUAUGGUGAGGAAAUUGUUCCGCAAAUGCCGAGCGCAGUUGUUGACGAGGACGAGCUCCUUUAUGGUGACUCGGGAGCAAGUAAGAAGGAUGAGGGCUUCCGUAAAAGAAAGCGAAUGGCGGAAGUUAGUAGUGUUACGACCGGUGGUGAGGAGUCCGACGCCAUCGAUCCCAACACCGUGGAACCAACAUAUUGGCUUAUUUUGGCUCGCGACAGUGGAAAAGUUGUAAUUCACUCUCUACCCGAUAUGAGAUUUUUAAAAUUUGGUCUGAUGCCUGAACUUGUGACCGAUUUGAUGCCGGAAGAGGAAGAAAAAGAUCGGAAGGAGCAAGAAGCUCGAGCUGAACAGUUUGAGAAUUCUUCCGUUCAGUUUCGUCCUAACGAGAGAAUCGUGGAAAUUCAAAUAGUUGGUAUGGGUAUAAACCAAGGCCAUCCCAACACUAAUGGCCGUUAUCGACGAUCAGGUUAUCACCUACGAAAUGUACAAAUGGAGGAAUCCAUUGAUAGAUCUGCACCCUUUAUGGGACAUGAUGGAAGAAGAGCUGAGGUUGAAGUAGGGAGAGAGAUUGAGCAACAUCGUGUAAUUAUUCAUUCUUUCGAGCGUGUUUGUGGUGUUAUGCACGGUGUGGUACUGACUGGUGCGUUUCCAUGCUUAGUGUUGGUAGGGGCUUGGGGCGGACUGCAAUGCCAUCCUAUGACAAUCGACGGUCCCAUAUCGGCAUUCACUGCAUUUAACAAUCAAAAUGUACCAAAUGGAUUCCUGUACAUUGCAAGUAACUUACAAGAGUUGCGUAUUGCACGGCUGCAGGUUGACAUGGACUAUGAGUUGCCUUACCCUUGCAGAAAAGUACAUAUUGGAUCGACAGUUCAUCAUGUCCGCUAUAUCAUGAGUAGUCAGGUAUAUGCUGUAACAACCUCUGUACCGAUGAAGAGCAAUAAAAUAUGGGUUGUAGUGAAUGAUGACAAGCAGGUUGAAACACAUGAGAAGAAUGAUAAUUUCGUUCUUCCAUCCAUCCCACAAUACACUCUCAAUCUGUACUCUGCUGUGGACUGGAAACCCGUGCCUAAUACAGAUAUAAAGUUUGAAGAAAUGGAGGUGGUCACUGCAUGUGAAGAAGUCACCCUGCGUUCUGAAUCUACAAUCAGUGGAAUGCAAGUUUAUUUAGCCGUUGGAACAAUCAACAACUAUGGUGAAGAGGUAUUGGUCCGAGGUCGAAUAAUACUUGCUGAAAUUAUAGAUGUUGUGCCGGAACCUGGCAAGCCAACUUCAAAGCAUAAAAUCAAAGUAUUCAUUUGGGGAUUCCGAGACAAUGAUUUGCAAGGAAUAUCAUUUCUGGACAUGCAUUACUAUGUACAUUCGUUGGUAUCAAUUCGUAAUCUCGCUAUCGCAUGUGAUAUGCACGAUUCUAUGUCCCUCGUUCGAUUCCAGGAACAAUUCAAAGCGCUCUCGGUUGCGUCAAGAGACGAUCGACCAGCUGCCCCGUCACCUAUGGCAGCGGAAUUCCUAGUGGAUAAUCGUCAUCUUGCAUUCCUGAUGUCCGAUGAAGCUGGAAAUAUCUGCAUGUUUAAUUAUAUGCCCGAGACCCAGGAAUCAAACGGUGGAGAGCGACUAGUUCUGCGAGGUAUUCUAAAUAUUGGCACAAAUGUGAACGCAUGGCUUCGAAUCAAAGGUCACACGUCGUUGUUCAAUAUGUCACCACUAGAGGCAAAAAAUGUAGUGCAGCAACAUACGUGCUUGUGGGCAUCGCUCGAUGGUUCACUAGGAAUUGUUCGUCCAAUCUCAGAAAGGCAAUUCAGACGGCUACACUUCUUGCAUCAGUGCAUGUCGAAUUCCGUCGGACAAUAUGCUGGUUUGAAUCCAAAGGGUGCUCGAGGAGGAAAACCUGUUCGUCCUCUGAUUAAUGCCACAAAUAACAAGAAUAUGGUGGAUGGCGAAUUAGUAGAGCAGUUUAUGCAUCUUUCAACAACUCGAAAGCAGGAUUUAGCUAGAAGUCUUGGUGCGAGCAGAUACCAUAUAAUGGACGACUUGGUUCAAAUACAAAGGCUGUCGACGUUUUACUAG